UGGUAUGCUGGAGUGUCGUAUCAAGGGAUGUUGCUCCGUUAUGAAAUCCCGACUAUAGGUUGUUGGAGAGUUUUAUUUACAGACCAAAUGCAAAAUUAUAUGGGAUUAGAUGAGAGGGAACCACUGCAGUGAAAGGUCAUGGAUUCCCCUAUCCUUCUCCUAGCCCUCCUGGUCGCCUUGGUCCAAUGUUUUCCUGAUGAAUACCACAGUCACAACAGCACCCGUCACCAUGACUACUGUGUGCUUGGUGCCGGGCCUGCUGGCCUUCAGAUGGGUCACUUUCUCUCCAAGAGUCAAAGAGAUUACAUCAUCUUGGAGAGGAACUCGGGGCCAGGGAGCUUCUUCAAUAUAUACCCUCGACACAGGAAACUCAUCAGCAUCAAUAAGAUCUACACAGGAAGGCGGAACCGCGAGUUCAACCUUCGUCACGAUUGGAACUCCCUCCUGAGUGACAGGCCUGACCUGCUGCUUCAGCGAGUCAGCCGGGAGCUCUACCCAGACGCAGACUCAUUCCCCCGCUACCUCUCCAUGUAUGUGAAGGAGCUGGGGCUGAAGGUCCAGUAUGGGGUGGACAUCGGGAAGAUCAGGGCCUCGGAGUCUGAAUCACCUAGAGGCAGGGGAUACAUACUGACUGACCAGCAUGGACUGGACUAUACAUGCAGAGUCCUCCUGGUGUCCACAGGACUGUGGGAUCCUCAGAAGGUCCAGUUUGAGGGCUCAGACCUGGUGGAGGGCUAUGAGUCCAUCCCUGUGGACCCAGAGGAGUAUAAGGACCAGGCCGUGCUGAUCCUGGGUAAAGGGAACUCAGCAUUUGAAACAGCUCAGAGCAUCCUGGGUCGGGCCAGCCGGAUCCAUCUCUACAGCCCGAGCCCGGUCCGCCUAGCCUGGCAGACACACUACGUCGGAGACCUCAGAGCUGUGAACAAUGAGCUGCUAGACACGUACCAGCUAAAGUCCCUUGAUGGGCUGGUGGAGGGAGGCCUUGAGGACAUUGCUAUUGUCAGAAAUGGAGAGGAUGAAAAGAAGCGCUCAGGCAGAAAGAAGAAGUGCAGAUCCAGUGGGAAGGAAAAGCGUGGCAAGUUGUUCCUUACUCUAUCUGAGCUUCUGGACAGUUCGGAUGGGAAGAACAGUUCAAAGGUCACAGCGACAAACCUGCCUGUGUACCACAAUGACAACUUCUCUCUCCGCCAGCCAUAUGAUCGUGUGAUCCGCUGCCUGGGGUUCCGGUUCAACUUCAGCAUCUUUGAUGGCUCUGCCCGCCCACCAAGCAGUGAGGGUGCCAGGGGGCGGUUGCCAGGGGUGACAGCCUGGUAUGAGGGGCGGGGAACCCCAGACCUUUUUGUUCUGGGGACGGCUGCCCACUCAAGAGACUAUCGCUCUUCUGCGGGGGGGUUCGUCCAUGGCUUCCGAUACACAGUGCGUGCUGUACAUAGAGUCCUUGAGCUGCGUUACCAUAGCAACUCCUGGCCAUCAAUCAAACUGUCAAUCAGUCAGCUGCAGUCCUGGCUGUUGAGGAGGGUCAAUGAGGCAUCCGGACCAUACCAGAUGUUUGGGGUACUUGGAGACAUCAUUUUACUAAAAGGCUCUCACUGUGAGUACCUGGAGGAGUUUCCCCUCCAGGCCCUGCCCCAGUUCUCUUCUCUGUCUGGCCACCAGAUCUCCAAGCAUGGGCUGCUGGUUCUGGUUUUACAGUAUGGGCUGAACCGCACAGACUCACUGGGCCCUGGCAGGGCAGAGUCAGAGUGGACCCGUGCCUGGAGGUCCAACUUCCUCCACCCUGUUAUAUAUUACUACGACAAACUUCCCACUGAGAGGGACAUGAGACACCGUCCUGUUGGCUGGCCACUGCCACGGCCCAAGGCAGUGCAUCACAUGAUCGAGGACUUCUUGACUGAGUGGGAUGGGCCCAUCUCCCACAGCCAGCCACUGCGGCGCUUCCUGGAACACUGUCUCCACACUGACCUCAGGGCCUUCUAUGCAGAGUCAUGUUUCCGCUUUUCCCUUACCAAUCGAAAGCCACCCCUGUUUUGUCGUCAGGGAUACCUGAGGAAGCAUGGGCUUGUUAGGAAUCGUCAGCUGUGGCAGCAUGCCCAUGAAGCUGGGCUAACGCUUGGAGGACAGGACUCUGCAUCCCCAGACACAGACCCAGCAUUCCCUGAUUACCUUACACGAGCUGGAGCCUCAGUGUCCUCUGCAAUAAACCUCGACUUCUGAUUGUUUACCCAAGGAUCCCAAAACUAAGCCUAUGACAGUUUUUAUGUCCCAAGACAUUCUCUACCUCUCAUUAUAAUGUCCAUGAAUAUAUACAGUAUAUAUAGAGUCUACAACACAUUAAGAACACCUUCCUAAUAUUGAGUUGCACCCCCCUCCCCUCCCUCUUUUGCCCCCAGGGCAGCCUCAAUUUUUCGGGGCAUGGACUCUACAAGGUGUCGAAAGUGUUCCACAGGGAUGCUGGCCCAUGUUAACUCCAAUGCUUCCCGCAGUUGUGUCAAGCUGGCUAGAUAUAUUUUGGGUGGUGGACCAUUCUUGAAACACACAGGAAACUGUUGAGUGUGAAAAACCCAGCAGUGUUGCAGUUAUUGACACAAACUGGUGUGUCUGGCACCUACUACCAUACCCUGUUCAAAGGCA